GUCUCUGCCUCCCUUACCGCCCUCGCCUGCCCCGCCCUGUCUUCCUUGCGUCGAGGGGCAGCAGCGCGCCGCUCCUCACUCCUCCUCGUUUCCCCCGACGACUGCUCCCCUGCAGACCCUCCACAUGGACUCCGUCUCCAGCUCCGCGAGCGGUUCGGUCGGGACCUCCCUGUCUUGCGUCUGCACUCUGACAGAGGUGGUGAGUUCUCCUCCGACCUCUUGCAGGACUUUUGUCGUGGGGAGGGCAUUCUCCAGUCGUUCACGAUUCCGGACUCCCCUCAGCAAAAUGGGAUUGCUGAGCGCCGCAUUGGCUUAAUCAUGGAGGUCGCUCAUACCUCCAUGAUCCAUGCGGCCGCUCCCCAUUUUCGGUGGCUGUUUGCGGUCCGGUACGCUGCGCAUCAGCUCAAACUCUGGCCCCGUGUCUCCUUCCCGGAGACCUCGCCCACACUGCGUUGGACGGGGAAGGUUGGCGAUGCGUCGGUGUUCCGGGUCUGGGGUUCUCGUGCCUUCGUUCGCGAUACGUCCGUGGACAAGCUCUCCGCCCGCGCCAUUCCCUGUGUCUUCCUUAGCUUUGUCCCUGACGCGCCUGGCUGGCAGUUUUACCACCCCACCUCGCGCCGUGUCCUCCCGUCUAAGGACGUCACAUUCAACGAGUCGGUUCCCUUCUACAGUCUCUUCCCUUUCCGCUCAGCCCCUCCCCCGCCCCCGCCGCUCUUCCUUGCUCCCGGUCCACCUCCGGUAGACCCCCUCCCGCCCCAGGGUCCUGCUCCCUCGGGUGCUGCUCCAGGUGCUGCGUUUGGGGGUGCUGCGUCUGGGGGUGCUGCGUCUGGGGGUGCGGAGCCAGGGGGUGCGGGGUCUGAGGGUGCUGGGUCUGGGGGUGCUGAGUCUGAGGGUGUUGAGCUUGGGGGUGCUGAGUCGGAGGGUGCGGAGUCUAGGGGUGCUGAGCCUCGGGGUGCUGCUUUGUCUGGAGGUCCUGCUGGUGCUUCGCCGCGACACUCCUCGCAGCAGCUGCGUGAGUGGCUUGUUCGGCACGCGCACCGUCAGAGUGGAGCUCCCGGAGCUGGAGGGGCUGGAGGCACUAGAGCUGGAGGUGCUGGAGGUACUGCGGCUACUGGUUCUAGAGGUGCUCGUACCAGUGGUGCUGGAGCUGCCGGGACUGGUGGUGUUGGGUACGCUGGAGCUGGAGACCCUACGGAGCCUGGAGCAGCUGGCGCAGGAGGCGCUAGAGCUGGAGUAGCUGGAGUUGGAGGCCCUUGCGCAGGAGGCGCUGGAGCUGCAGGAGCUGGAGUUGGAGGCACAGGCGCCGGAGGCACUGGGGCUGCAGGAGCUAGAGCUAUUGACCCUGGAGCUGGAGGUGCUGGAGACACUGUGCGGCCGCGACCGUAUUUCGUCCCCCUCCUUCAGCAGGUUCUUAGUGUCCCGUCUUCUGCUAGUCUUCCUCCUCCCUUCCUAUGUCCAUUGCCUGACCAGUCGCAGCCGCCAUUACAGCCAGCCUUUCCACUGCUUGGUCCCUCUCCUUACACUGAGCAGUCCGGAGGUCUUACAGAGCGUCGUGAGCCUGCGUCUCGUCCUGUCUCGCCUGUUCGCACUGCUUGUCACGCUCCUCGUUCGCGUCCUCCUCCUGUCCCUGGCACGCACACUAUGGCACUCCGUCCUUCCUCUGUUCCACUGCGUGUUUCUCUGCCUGCUCCUCCUGAGUCCUCUCUUCCUGAGGUCCCUGACCUUGCGUCUGACCGCGCGCGUGCUGCCAGUCCCACUGCUGCGUCUGCUCUCGUUGCUGAGCUGCUUGACUUUGCUGCUGCCUGCCGUCUCGACUACGCCUCUGCUCAAGUUGUUGAGUCAGUGCCUGCCUGUCCUCCGUCCGUCGGGGGUGAGUGUGCUCUUGGCACGGACGUCCUUGAGGAUACGCAGGAGGACUUUGAGUGUCUUGCAGCUGCUGUACCUCGUUUCGCUUCCAUGCUGCUUGCCCCUGAGGGAGACCCAGAUGCUCCAGACAUCCCGACCCCGCGCUUUUACGCAGAGGCGAUUACGGGUCCUUACUCCUCUCAGUGGCAGGCAGCUAUGGAUGCCGAGAUGGCAUCCUGGAAGUCCACAGGCACCUACGUCAACGCAGUUCCCCCGUCUAGGGCGAACAUAGUCGAUGGCAUGUGGAUUUUCAGGGUGAAGCGGCCGCCGGGUUCUCCGCCUACCUUCAAGGCGCAUUACGUUGCUCGAGGCUUCAGUCAGCGACAGGGAGUUGACAACUUCCAGACCUUCUCCCCCACCCCAAAGAUGACUACUCUUCGGGUGUUGCUGCACAUCGCUGCUCAUCGUGACUACGAGUUGCACUCUCUGGACUUCAGCACAGCUUUCCUGCAGGGCAGCCUGCACGAGGAGAUCUGGCUGCGCGGCCCACCUGACUUCACAGAGUCUUUUUCUGCAGUCGGAGCUGCAGAAGAGACACACCUGCACUGA